UUGUGACUGUCGAUAACGAUAUUUAAAGAAAGCAGAUUCCCACACGAAUGAGCAGUUGAUAACAUCAAAAAUGGAUAGUAUAUAAAGGUAACAAUCGAUCGACUUUCGACAAUCAGUUCACUUAAUAGAUACCUUUCCGAUCGCCCACAUGCAGCAAUCAAAACUCAACAGCUACUAUGCAAAUCUUAUUGCAGGUUAUUUUCGCCCUAGCGGGUCUGAAGGUCAGUGUCGGUUCUGCUCAAAUGCCGACAGACUGAGCCAACGACAAGCCCAUCGUUUCCUUCCUUUGCUGCAAUCACGCCAGGACACAGUCCCAGGCCAACAAGGAGUUGAAGGACGUCCUGGCACGUGUGCCUCCAGUGUUCGGUGCAUUCACCUCACCAUGCCUGAAGGAAUUGAGAAAAACGAAGGAGCAAUUGAAACGAACCCCGAACCUCUUGACGAGAAUGAACGUUGUCGUUGAAAAUGCAACGGAAUCAUUGAGUGAUGUCACUUAGAUGUAGGAAACUAUCAGAUGAAAACAGCAAAAUUGCC